CCUAAACCCUCCUAUCAAAAACAAAAUGACGACUAAAAUCCCUCACCAAUUGGAGCCAUGGUCUCAACUCAAGGACAAAAUCGUCAUGAUCACCGGCGCCUCCUCCGGUAUUGGCCUCGAGUUCUGCGUUGACCUCGCCAAGGCCGGCUGUAGAAUCGUCGCCGCCGCACGUAGAAUCAAUAAUCUCAACUCUCUUUGUGAUCAAAUAAACAAAGUAGACGUCCCGACUGACGUUUCGUGUCGAGCUCUCGCGGUGGAGCUCGAUGUCACGGCCGACGGCCCGACCAUCUGCGAGUGCGUGGACAAAGCUUGGGAUGCGUUUGGGCGCAUAGAUGUUUUGAUCAACAAUGCUGGUGUUAAUGGGAUUAAGGCAACAUCAAUAGAGAUGUCGGAGGAGGAAUGGGAAAAUGUGGUGAAAACAAACUUUAAAGGCUCUUGGUUGCUCUCCAAGUACGUCGGAGCACGGAUGCGAGAUAGCGGCCGCGGCGGCUCAAUCAUCAACAUCUCAUCAGUUUUUGGCCUAAAUCGCACACAAUAUCGCGGUAGUCUUGCCUAUAGUUCCUCGAAAUCUGGCCUUGAUUCUAUGACCAAGGUUAUGGCACUCGAGCUUGGUGAUUACAAUAUUAGGGUGAAUUCAAUCGCACCAUCAUUGUUCAGAUCUGCGAUGACUGAAAGUUUAUUUCGACAGAGUAAUUAUAAGUUGGUAAAAAAUAUGGUGGAAAAUUCGGUUCCACUGAGAACACAUGGAACCAUUAAUCCAGCAUUGACAUCUGUGGUUCGUUAUUUGAUUCAUGAUUCUUCCAGCUACAUCUCGGGCAAUAUCUUCAUCGUUGAUGCCGGUGGAUCUCUCCCAGCUUUUCCCAUUUUUUCUUCACUUUGAUAUUUGAUCAUUAGUCAUAGGUUUUCCGGUGUUUAAGAUUAUGAAAUAACACUCACUAUUCGAUACCGUCGUUUAAGUUAAUAUUGUUCGUCAUGUAAUGAUUUAAUUGAAAUUUGUUCCACAUUAGAUGCAGUGCUACUAAGUUGAUAUGUAUUUCAUUUCCUACAAACUAUG